AUGGCAGCUACAGUGAAAGCAAUCUGUCUACUAUUCGUGAUUUGCAUUGCCGCUGGGGUAAAUAGCAAUCCGCUCACCAAGGGUAGGCGUAAGACGGGCCAGAAUCCCGUAGGGCCUCCUCAGAAACAGACCAUGUUCGAUUUCCCGGUAGAACAAGGGACAGGUCCAAGCUUUGUUGAUCCUGUUUCUGUUGGUCCGAGCUUCACUAGUAGUUCUGUCAUCCUCACAAUGCCAGAUUCCUCCUCCUCCGAAGAAGUGUCCGAGAUUGACUUUGACAUGGAUACGGAUACCAAUGAAGUCGAUGCUGCCCCAUCGGUCUUAUUUGGAAGGAACAGGAAUCGAAUCAGCGGGGACAUGCGUGGCCUUCUCCCCGGGAAUGGAAGACAACAGGGUUUCGCUGAUGUAGAAGCAGGGCAAUAUGAUGAACUCAUGUCCAGGACCGCUGGAUCAUCAGGAAGGGGUGUUGGUAUUGCCUUUGGGGUUAUUGGACUAAUUGCUCUAGUUGUAGCUGUCGCUUUCUUCACAAUCAGAAGAUACAGGCACGAGAUUCCAGUUUUAGUCCGUACAUAAGAAACUCCGGAACUUAGUACAAUUUAGUUUUUCGUGAACAGAUACUGAAUUUUCAAAUAAUGGCUUGAAUAUUUCUUUAACAGACUUCUGAUAUAAAAGCUGGGGGUGUUUCACAAAGAUUUAAGUAUGACUUAGAGUCG